UGCAAACUCGCAUCGAAGAAGCCGGCUGGGUUCAGUUCAAAGCCGCCCUUCGAAGACAUUACACUGUCUAAUGUCGUCUCUGUAAAAAUAAUUAAUACAAGUGAAUUAAUUGUGAUAUUUAGUGUUAGUGUGCCAAAAAUAGAGAAAUAUGGACGACGACCAGCAGUUCUGUUUAAGGUGGAACAACCAUCAAUCGACACUGGUAGCGGUCUUUGACACAUUGUUAGAAAAUGGAACGCUGGUUGACUGCACGCUGGCGGCAGAAGGCAAAUGCCUAAACGCACACAAAGUAGUUUUAUCUGCCUGCAGUCCGUAUUUUGAGUCGUUGCUGUCGCGACACUUUGACAAACAUCCCAUAUUAAUACUCAAAGAUGUGAAGUUCCAAGAGCUGAAGGCAAUGAUGGACUACAUGUACAGGGGGGAGGUGAACAUAUCACAGGACCAAUUGGGCGCCCUCCUGAAGGCGGCCGAGUCCCUACAGAUAAAGGGACUCUCCGACAAUAGAAAGGGCGAGACUGAACGCAAACCAGCCCCGGCGCCGCCGCCUCCGAAGAGUCCACAGCCCACAUCGGCACUACCAAAAGUACAAGGCCUCACGAUAGAACAACGCAGCCGGGAAGAUAGCAGGGAGGGAAGCCAGUCGCCGGGUCCACGGAAGAAAAAGCGAAUGAGGCGCAAGAGCGAAGACAUAGACAACCACGACGCCUCAAACUCCUCCGAAUCUCAUAGUCUACCCGCCCAAAACAUUCCCUCGUUACCUGCCGUAUCCAAAUUAAAUGCCGAUGUGCCUGAACCUGUAGAAACCAAAUCCGAUUUAUUAAGGCAUAAGCAAGAAGAUAUCCCACAAGUUCCUACAAUCAAAGAAAAAUUAGAACAUACUGAACUGAUGCUUGAGCCAAAGUCUGAAUAUGUAGAGGACAUGAACGAGGACAGUAUUGAAGAUUUGACCCUAGAUGACGAUGAUAUUAGUAACAUGGAACAAAUGGACGAAGGAGCUGGGCCUAGUCAUGGCAAUAUGGACCAAGGAGGAAAUCAAGGAUUCGGAAACUGGCAUAUGGGAAAUCAAAGUCAAGACGAAGUAUUUUUGGCCGCGCAAGAGGCCGUUGGUGCACAUCGUGAUUCACAAGAUGGUCGCAAGGAGGAAGCGAGCUCGUUCCCGAUUAAAAUUGAGCUCCAGGAGGGGCUCCCGGACAUGUACAAGCCGUCUUGGAUGUGCGUACAAAAUUUGGUCGGUCUGGAAAAGCCAAAAAAGAAAUGGAAUAGGAUCAAGGGACAUUUCGUUUGCCCCAAUUGCUCUAGAUCUUACAUUAGGAAAGACUCGUUACAGAGACAUUUGACAUACGAAUGCGGAAAGGAGCCGCAGUUUCAAUGUCCCUUUUGUCCCCAAAAGUGCAAACGCAAAGCGCACCAAAUCAGACACAUUCGCCGGCAGCACAAAGACAAAAUAGGUAUUAUGGAGGAGAAUAAUCCGGAGCUUAAGUUGGAUAAUAUAGAAUGAGCGCCGAUGUUGUUUAUGGAUAGAAUCUUAAGUAGACUUAGUUAUGUUAUAAAGCGAUAUAUAUUUUUGGAGGAUGUAUUUACUCUGUAUGUUGUAAGUUGAGCACUGUCACACCUUGAAUCUGUCAAGACUGAGAUCCAUUGGUCACUGAUUCAUAUUUCUAUUCUAGGAUUACCAUACAGAUUACCUUUUCCUAUGUCGUUGAUAAAGGUAUUUGGAUAAUCAUUUACAAAAACUGUAUUGUUAAAAAUACUUAUAUAUAAUAAAAUUAUAUUUUUACGGUUUAUUCAAAAACAAAUAGCUGUUUAUAUAUAUUUUUAUAAAUUGCCAAAGUUAUGUAUAUAUCCAAGUUUCGUUACUUGGAAUUUUUAUCAAAAAAUAUCAACUUCAAUUUAUGUAGCUUAGCUAGUUGAUGAUGGUGCAUACGAAAAAUAAGUUGGUGCGACAAAUAACUCAAUAACCAAAGUUUGCUUUAAAAUUUCCAGAUGACAAUACGGAAGGGACGUUAACUAGCUUUGGUACCUAAAUUGGUAUGUGGUGGAAGGUGUUCACCAAAAACUGAAUGCACAUAUGUUGGCGGUUUGUGAUAAAUUACGAGCCGACAUAUUAAUUAUAUUUAACAUCAUCUUUAUAUUACUCUUUUUUAAUAUAGUGUUUCGGUUUUAUUAAUAUUUAUGUACUUGUAUUAAUUUACUUUUAUUUUACUUUUUUCAAGAAUAAUAUGUUAUCUAUUUACGCGUAUAUGUGUUAUUACCAAUAUUUGUAUAUUUUUCCA